ACUUUGGUCUUAAGGCGGGUUUGCAAUGAAUUCACUUUUGGUAAAUAAAUCCACAACAAAUUAAAUUAAAGAUAACGAACAAUUAAAGAAUGCAUUAAUGUACAUGUAUACUAAUAUUCUACUAUGAUAAUUUAAGAAAGACUUAAUAAAAUAAUGUUUGUAAAUAAUCGGAAUGUAUUAGUUGCGCGUGAUUGUAAAUAUAAAUUCUUAUAAGCAUUUGCACAAUUAAGGAGGGAAGUGGAAUGGUGGUAACCUUAAUUUAAACCGGUAACCUUAACUUGAAAAAAAAAUACGAACAAAAUGCCUGAACCUAUAGAACCUGAACAAAAAGGUGUAUCUAACGAUGCAACUAAAUCUCUGACGACUGAAGUAAAACAUGCACUUGACGAUACAACUAAAUGUGUAGUAUCUGAAGAAAAAGAUGCUUCUCAACAAGAAGAUGAAUUACGUGAAAACGAAUGGAUGGUGCGGCCAUGUGAAUUAUAUAAAGAAGAAUAUGAUGACUGCAAAAGUAUAAGAGCACGCUUCCAUCAGUACUUCGUACAUGGGAAAACUAUUGAAUGCUCACAAUGGAAAACUGACUACGAAAACUGUUACCUUUGGUCAAAGUAUAAAUCUGAAAAAGCAUAUGAAGAGUUGGUAAAAAGUGAAAAGAACCGUAGACUGGAGAGGUUAAGAGGUCAUUAUUUGAAUAAUGUUUGGACUAAGAGAGACAAACCACCUGAAAGUUGGAAUGCACCAUUGCCACAGUGGAUGCAAGACAAAUUUGAACAUUCAUUUUUAAAGUAUAUGAGUGAUGAAUUAAAAAAUCCUACAGGAAACAGCAGUCUCAAAAGUUCUUGUACUAUAUUGUAAGAAGUGUCAAGCUUGAAAAAUAUUAUUAGAGGCUGACAAACUAAGCAAUA